GUUAGCUCAUUAUUUUAAGAAAGAACAGCAGCCUUUUUCCUACGUUAGCUCAUUUACUAACAAACUCUCUUUGUCCAAAGCAGAUGGAUAAGAAUUGAGGAAGAAAAAGGAAACUCAGAGAUGGAGAAAAGUGAAGGAAUUGAGGGAGAAAAUGGAAUUACAGAAGAGAAGCAGGGCUUUAAGGAUGGAUCAAUUUGUGGAUAUGACUCACUUCACCGCCUCUUGAGCGCAAAUCUCAAACCUCAAAUCUUCCAGGAAGUCAGCCGGUUGAUUCUGGGGCUGAAUUGUGGAAGAGCACUUGAAACUAUUGUUCUUCCUGAAUCAGCUAAAGCCCUCUCUUCAAAACAUGAUUUUGAGCUCCAGGCUUUCAGCUUUUCUGCUGACAAAGAGUUGUUGAGAGAACCUCGACUAGUAAGGGUUGGUCUUAUUCAGAAUUCCAUAGCUCUUCCAACUACUGCUCCCUUUUUGGACCAGAAAAAAGCUAUCUUUGAGAAAUUGGGACCAAUAAUUGAUGCUGCAGGUGCUUCAGGAGUCAACAUACUAUGCUUGCAGGAAGCAUGGUUGAUGCCAUUUGCCUUCUGUACACGGGAAAAGAGGUGGUGUGAAUUUGCGGAGCCUGUUAAUGGGGAAUCUACACAGUUUCUUCAGGAAUUCGCACACAAGUAUAACAUGGUCAUUAUAAGCCCAAUUCUUGAGAGGGAUGUAAAUCACGGAGAGACUCUUUGGAAUACUGCUAUUAUAAUUGGAAAUCAUGGCAACGUAGUAGGCAAGCAUCGUAAGAACCAUAUUCCUAGAGUUGGGGACUUCAAUGAGAGUACAUAUUAUAUGGAAGGAAAUACUGGGCAUCCUGUUUUUGAGACUGCUUUUGGGAAGAUUGCUGUCAACAUAUGUUAUGGAAGGCACCAUCCUUUGAAUUGGCUAGCUUUUGGUUUGAAUGGUGCAGAGAUUGUUUUCAACCCAUCGGCCACAGUUGGUGAACUUAGUGAACCAAUGUGGCCCAUAGAGGCACGUAAUGCUGCAAUAGCAAAUAGUUACUUUGUUGGGUCAAUCAAUCGUGUAGGGACUGAGAUUUUCCCAAACCCAUUCACUUCAGGGGAUGGAAAGCCACAACAUCCAGAUUUUGGGCAUUUCUAUGGAUCUAGUCAUUUUUCAGCACCAGAUGCUGCCUGCACACCAUCACUCUCCCGUUUUAAAGAUGGGCUGCUGAUCUCGGACAUGGAUCUUAACCUCUGUAGGCAGCUGAAAGACAAAUGGGGAUUCCGAAUGACUGCAAGAUACGAGUUAUAUGCAGAUAUGCUUGCCCGCUAUCUGAAACCAGACUUUGAACCGCAAGUUAUCUCUGAUCCCUUGUUACAUAAGAAGUCUUCUUAAGUUUCAGGUACUAGUUUUAUCUCAGAAUUUAAGAGAAUAAAUGAAGCUGAAAACUGAAACUGUAUCCAAACAACGUAUUGAAUUAUCAAUGCAGAAUAAGAUCUUUGUAUUUGUAAGUACUUGUGUCCUUUUUUCUGUCUUCAAUGGAUUUAGCAAUUUCUGACAA